AUGUAUUUCAGAAGACACCAGGUUUACAGAGAAGAACGCAACCUAACCCUGGGUUCAGUAAUUCAGCUCAGACAGGAGGCAAGCUGGCUCCAGUUCCAUCUGGGAAUCAGUCGCCAUGCCUUGUAUCCACGGGCCAGCCCUAUGGUUGACCGGCUCCUUCAGGACACACAGGAGCUUAGUACCAUCAGUGCGGAUUACAGCCCGGAUGAGAAAGCCUUGCUAGGGGCCUGUGACUGCUCCCAAAUUGUGAAACCCAGCGGGGUGCACCUGAAACUUGUUUUGCGGUUCCAGGACUUUGGGAAAGCCAUGUUCAAACCAAUGAGACAGAAACGAGAUGAGGAGACUCCAGAAGAUUUUUUUUACUUUGUUGACUUUCAGAGACACAAUGCAGAAAUAGCUGCCUUCCACCUGGACAGAAUUCUGGAUUUCCGUCGCGUCCCUCCAGCAGCUGGGAGAAUGAUUAACAUCACAAAAGAAAUUUUAGAAAUCACAAAGAAUGAAAUCUUACAAAGUGUCUUUUUUAUUUCCCCAGCCAGCAAUGUCUGUUUCUUUGCGAAGUGCCCUUAUAUGUGCAAAACAGAAUACGCCGUCUGUGGGAACCCUCACUUAUUGGAAGGGUCCCUGUCUGUUUUCCUGCCUUCUCUCAACUUGGCACCGCGAAUCUCCAUCCCCAACCCAUGGAUCCGAUCCUACACCUUUGCUGGAAAAGAGGAGUGGGAAGUAAAUCCUCUCUACUGCAAUACCGUGAAGGAGAUUUAUCCUUACAGCAGUGGCAGUCGGCUACUCAAUAUCAUUGACAUGGCCAUAUUUGACUUCUUAAUAGGCAAUAUGGACCGCCAUCAUUAUGAGAUGUUUACAAAGUUUGGAGAUGAUGGUUUUUUGCUUCAUUUGGAUAACGCAAGAGGAUUUGGGAAACAUUCCCGUGAUGAGGUCUCCAUCUUGGCUCCACUUGAACAGUGUUGCAUAAUAAAGAAGACCACCUUGUUACGGCUGCAGCUUUUAGCUAAGUCAGACUACAAGCUCAGUGAUAUCAUGAGGGAGUCCCUCCUUCAAGACCGUCUUGCCCCCGUGUUGACAGAAGCCCACCUUUUGGCAUUGGACAGGAGGUUACAGAUCAUCCUGAAAACUGUGGAGAAAUGCAUAGAGGCCUUUGGAGAAGACACUGUUGUGGCUGUUGCUAAGCCUUUGGAACCCAUGGCUUUUGACAGAAUGACAAGGCCAAGCUAGAGUCUAGGGAAAAACUAGAACCUGAACUUGAAAUGAAUGAUUGUGCUUCCUUAACCUUGACAUUAAGACCUGGGAGGAAGGCAGUCACAGCAGACUCAGGAAACAACUGGGUGGUUGAAACCUGCAGCUUUGGCCUCAGAUUUAUACAUGGGAAUCACAUAUACACCACCUACAAUCUUUCUGCCUCUUCUUCAAGAGAUUGAAGACAUACAAUCUUCUAUAACUACAAAACAUGCCCUUCUCAGGAUUUGCCUGGGCUCUUGUUGCCACACAGCAUCAUGGUUAGACUUGAUUGGUGGCUUGAAUAAAGGAGGGGAGGGGCAAUGAAAAAAACAUUUCUGGCAUGCAUCCACAUUGUGAUUUAGGACAAUAUUAACAAGGUGGACAUGUACCUCCUCAGGGAUGUUUACUUUGUGGAGAACCAUAGUGGAAAAUCUAGCAGCUCUUGGCAAAAGCAAGCAGUGAAAAUAUGCUGAUGUGGUGGACAUCCUGGCUCUAAUCUACCUUAGACAACUACACAGUAGAAAGAAACGAGCAGGCAUAGAAGUGUUAUUUUAAGGCAUAAAAUUUCAUAUGUGUCAAGGUUGCCAGGGAAGGGGAAAUUGCUUUUUCCCUUGUGUAGGGAUCCAUCAAUUUGGAUUGCAUUGUGGGUGCCUUCAGAUGGUUCCAGAUGUCCUUGAUAUCAAAGCAAUGCACAUAAGCUGCAAUUUCACAUUAUAACAAUUGCCACUGAAAUCCUUCCAACCAUUCACUUUGGAACAAUUGAACUGUAGGAGCAGCAUCUUGAUUGGGGUCUCAUCACCAGCUAGCUGUAGCGGUGCUUCUUUUUCACACAGCAGCAGUAUCACAGUGGAAGGAGAACUUACACACACACACACACACACACACACUCAACACACAAACAUACAAGAGCCUUCAGUGCAAAGUCUGGUGUAAAGAGCAGCAAACAGAAAAUGGGCUGCAGCAUAGUAAGUGAUAGAAGGAAGUGAACCAAGGUACUCCACACCAAGUCUAAACGCGUUCUGAAACACAUAUGGAAGUUGCAAAAAGAUUUUGCACCACAGCGCUCCUGUUCAGUCAACUGCACACUCUUCUAGGAACCUCCACUUCCUGUCACAUUUUUGCUAAUAACCACUCUUCAACACACUAUAAGCAUGGUGUUCACUGACUUUGGGUACUGAUUUUUUUUCUCCUCCCUUUUUUUUCUUGAAGAAUUUUUGUUCCUCUAAAACUUCUGUAUUUAGUAGCACUGAUAUGUUCACACCGAUCCACUUUAGAGGAAUUUUUGUUCCUCUAAAACUUCUGUAUUUAGUAGCACUGAUAUGUCCACACACCCAGUUUUAAAACUGGAUCUAGCUCUGGCAAGGGAAAUAUUAAGGUUGGCAGCACUAUGACAGGCCCUCUGGACUACAAUGUAUCAUCAAAACUGGGUAUGAUGCUGAUAGUGAACCCAUGGUGUUUGGGGAAAUGAGAUAUCAACUGUUCUAAAUUCUUUCCCUGGUAAAUUUAUGCAAGAUCAUUAAAGUACAGUUUUUUAAAA